AGAUAACAUCGCAGAUUUAAAAAAAAUGUAGAAAAUAGAUAUUCUUUUAUAGUUAAUCUGAAAUUUAAAUUAUAAGUGUAGUUUUAAAGAUAGUAAUUACUUAGAUUUAUGUGGACCAUUUCAAAAUGUGUAUUUUAAUAUUGUUUGUAUUAUAAUGGGUUAAUGAAAUUGAAUUACUCAACGUGAAAUAACAUUUUAUGUAAUUGAUCUACUUAAAGUAAAAAUAAUACAGGUUUAUUUUAAAGUAUGCCAAAAAAGAAUCGUAAAUGUCGUAAAUUUACCCCAAGAUCUCAAAAAUACAAAAAGUAAGUAAAAAAAACUUAAUAUAUUAAUUAAAUACUUAUGUGAAUUUAUCAAAUUUCAAAUUUAUAUGCAAAAUUAUAUUUUAAAAGAUAACUAAUGAACAUAAUUUGAGUACAUUAAAUGUUUAAUACCAAUGUGUUCAAAUGUUAUUCAUUUAAAUACAUUAUUAUUUCUGUAUGUAUUUUAGCAUAAACCAGCCAUUUUUUCAGUCAAUUUCGUGGCAUUCAUGAUUGUUAAAAAUAAUUUUUAUGUAUGUAGUUAUUUUACUUAAAUUAAAAAAUGAUUUGCUAUUUUUAUCUCAUUUUCUGAAAAUACUUAUGUAUUUAUUAAGCCAACAAUUAAUUAUUUAUUAUAAUUAAUGUUUAUAAAUGAAGUAGGAUCUUAGUAUAAAAUAUAGUUCUCUUUUGCUCUCCACGUAUAACACAUCUAAUCUACAUUUAAAAAUAAAAUAAAUAGUUUAUAAACCAUCGGUUUUGUUAAUUAUUUAAUAUGUACAUAAUUUAAUAACAUGUUGACACCACAGCCUCAGAGUGCUGCAUCACCCCUUUACUAUACAAGGUUGUUUCACUAAACACCCAAAUCUAGGAUGUUAGAUUGUUACAGUGGAAAUAAUGUUAGAAGUCAGGUCCUGAGUAGCUUAGUUGUAGAGAAAUCGCCGAGCAAAUAAAAUACUCGGAUUUGAUUCCUGGUCUGGCCCCCUAAGUUUUAGCAUUAUUUACCAACUAAGAAAAACUGCCUUAUCAUAUGUUGAUCUGAAUGAUCAGAAAAUCAUUCAGCAUUGGAAAAUAAUUUGUAAUGAAAGGAUCCAAUAAAAAAAAUAAAAUAUUUAAAGAUAAAAACAAAAUAUUGAAGUACUUUGAAUCUUUGGAAAUCACUUUGUAUUGUUAAAUGAUUAAAUUUCUAUUACAUUAUUUUUUAGGAGCAUAGAAGAAUGUACAAAUGCCGUUACUAUUUCUCUGUUCUGGACUAAUUUAUUAGCCAAACUUAAUGAAGUAUAUGUUGAAUCAAAUCCAUCAGCAAUAUUGUGUUAUGGAUUAGGAAAUUUCUUGGAGAGUUUACAAUCUAGAUAUCAAUUGGGUUUGCUUUUAGCCAUUAAAAAUGUGUUUAAAAUAAAAGACUGUCAUAUUUAUGAUCCUAAAUUUACGGACACUGAACUCCAGAUUUUAGCUGAAAAUGGUUUUGAACCCAUUAGUCAGAACGAAGAAGGAAAACGAAGUUUGUUACCUGGUACAUUUGUUUUUUUGCCACAUUGUCCAAAACAUUUACUUAAUAAUCUAUUAUGGAUUAAUUGGGAAAAGGUUAUACUAACUAAAUGUGUAAUUUUUUGUAAUUGCAUUGAUGAUACAAUAACUUUAACACCAAACAAAAUUGUAAAUAAAAUUGCUUAUUAUAUAAACAAAAUAUCUCCACACGUUGUCAUGGAAAAGACAUUUUGUAAUGAAUUUAUGUAUGAUGAUGUAUUCAAUGAUAUGGCACUUCACAUAUUUCCCAAUGAAAAGCUCAAAGACCUAGAAAAUUUUUUUUGGGAACGUGAUAAUGAACCAUCAUAUGAUACUGAAGAAUUAGAAUUUACAAAGAAUUUUAAUUUUUUGACUUUAGAUAUAGAUAAUUAAAAUUCAUUAUUAUGUUAACAUUUCUUAGUGUUUUAUACAUUACAUUUAUCUAUAUAGAGUAUUGUGCUAUUAUAAACCUGUUUUACAACUUUAAUUGUUCAACAUUAUCAAAUUAUUCUAUAUUUGUUUUGAAGGUAGUUUAAUAACUUUUGUAACAUUUUCUUUUACAUAUUUUGUAAUACAUCUGACAUUUAAUUUAUAUAAUACUCGGUAACACUAAGUCAUUAACUCAUAACAUUUUAUAUUAUUAUAAAGUCUAAUUUGCUAUAUUCUUAAAACAUAUUUAAGUACUGUUUAUUGGACAUUUUGUUAAUAAAUCUUUAUUACUAAAAUGUAUGAAAUUCGCAUUUGUAUCAUAUCUGGUUAAUAAUUAAUAUUAUAUUACAAAAUUAAUUAUUUUUCAUAUUCUUUUCUAAUAAAUUUGGCAAUAGUGUUUAGCUGUAUAUUUGUUGUUCCUUCAUAUAUUGGGCCAACUUUACAGUCUCUGUAGAAUUUUUCCUGUGGAAAGUCUGUAGUGAAACCAACUCCACCCAUCCAGUCAAUGCAUAUGGAUGUGACUUUACCUGCAACUUCUGCAAAAAUUAAA